CCUGGAAGGAAGCGGCAGGAAAGUGGUGGUCAGUCUCUUCUCUCAAGUCACAUGAGACAGGAUGAGAGGAAACGGCCUCAAGUUGUAUCAGGCCAGGUUUAGAUUGAAUAUGAGGAAAAAAAUUCUUCACUCAGAGGGUAGGCAGGCAUUGGAACAACCUGCCCAGGGAAGUGGUGGAAUUACUUUACCUUAAAGUGUACAAAACCCACAUAGAUGUGACACUUGGGGACAUGGUUUGGUGGUGAACCUAGCAGUGCAGUUUGCAGGUGAAAACUUCCUCCCUGAACAGGAGAAUUAUCUUUGACAAAGCCCCAAAGCUGUAAUGGCUUAGGUGAGGAAGAGAAGUGUCCCACACAUAGAAGGAAUAAUACAUGGGGUUUGCUUUGAGACCAGAUGGCUGAGUGCAAAGCUGAAAUGUGGGAAUGCUGGCACAGCCCUGACAUGAAGGAAUGGGUGCAGUGAAAUACAAAAUCUUUGUUUUAAUAGAUCAUAUCAAAACCACUAUUCCUGGAGACAACUGCUGUAGGUCAAAUAUUUAUAAGAGAUGGCCUAAUCAAUAGUGUCAAUUAAAACUGCAAGGAGGGAGAGAACAAAGAGAGUUGAGAUCAGAGAGAAGACGAUCAAUGACCACUUGAGAGACCAGCAGUGCUUCUGAAACAAGAAGUCCAGGGGGGAAACUACAGAGGAGACUCCACAAUGAGUAAAGCAUUAUUUUACAAGCUUUUGCCAUGAUGUUUCAGCAGCUGAAGGAUGAGCCAGUCCAGAAGCAUAAGGACAACUGGAGGAAGAUCCAAGACCAUGUGCAUCAUCCCCAGGCUGUUUGACUUGGAUCCUGACCUGCUGCCCCUUUUCCAGUACAACUGCAAGCAGUUUACCAGCCCUCAGGAGUGCCUCUCUGCCCCUGAGUUCCUGGAUCACAUCAGGAAGGUGAUGCUAGUGAUUGAUGCUGCUGUGAGCCACCUGGAGAACUUAUCCUGCCUGGAAGAGUAUCUCUGCAACCUUGGCAAGAAGCAUCAGGCAGUUGGUGUGAAGGUUGAGUCUUUCUCGACUGUCGGCGAGUCCUUGCUGUACAUGCUGGAGAAAAGCCUUGGUGCUGCCUUCAGCCCAGAGGUGCAGGAAGCUUGGAGCAAACUCUACAAUACUGUGGUGAAAGCCAUGCAACGUGGCUGGGAAGGGGACUAGAUCCUGCCAGCCAUCCCUAUCCCUGACCAUGCAGCGGUCCUGAGCACAGGGAGUCUCACGCCACACUCGCUGCCUCUCCUCACCUCUGUCAUUCUGUGUGUACCAGCCCAUGGCUGCCUCUGCCACUCUCGCGUGCCGUGGGGCUCUCACGUGGUUCCAUCCUGCUUCACCAUGAGCGUGUCUCUGCCUUUGCUAAGGGCUGGUGGGGCAUGUCCCUGCAGCAAAGCCUGGCAGUGCCACAGCACAGGCAUGCCACCCUGCCCCAAGUUCCUUCAGGAACACCAACACCCAGGUACCUGCUCUGGGUUUUAGCUUGCUCAUCUUCCCUCCUCUUGCUACCCACCCUAGGUAGGUGACAACUGGCAUAGGCCUCUUGGGCUUAUUUGCCCCAAAUCCCAUUUGCUGUGCUUUACGUGCCAGGUCUGACACUGUUCAGUCCUCCUGUCUACUGUGCUGCUGUACCUGGUUCAGCUGUGGCAGUGACAGAUUUGGCUCCAUCCAGGUCAAAAGGCAGCAAGAGAUCAAGGCUGGUCACACUGGAUGGCUGUCCUCAAACCUUGCAGAGAGUUUUUCCCCUCUCCCUUCAUCAAUAUAUCACUACCAGAUGGUUAAUCCUGGUGCUUUUUUUCUUCCUUUUUCUUCCUCUGACCUGGAUGGGAUCCUUGGCUUUUCCCUGUGUCAGGUUGGCCACAACCCAGUCGGUUUCCUAGCGAUGGUUCAGGCAAUGGUCCCACAUUAAUCCCAAGGUGAGACUACUUUUGGCAGGAUUGGGCUGCCAGCUGAAAGGCAGCACCUGUGUUGAUUUGGCUAGCUGGUUUAACCUUAGAGCCAUCUGAAAUGCAGCAAACAGCAGCAGUAGCAAUGUCUGUUUACUGCUUUGUGUUUAGGAAAAUAAAAUAAAUCCAGGGAAAUAAUGUCUUAAAAAUGAAGGUUGCAAUUGUGUCAUAGCAACAGCUUCCAGAAAUUCUGGCUCUUGUCCAGAGGAAGCAUAGCUGGAAUCUUUCUGCUGAUGCUGUCAGAAUCUGGAGUGCUUCCCAGCUGCUCACAGUGCCCAUCUGCAGAGUUCCUCACUCCCACAGGAAUGAGGAGACAACAUCUGCUAGAAGAAAACCCAGAAAACUGCUGAGAGGCAGCACCUGAGGGCUCUGUGAAGAGGCUGAACUUGAGAACUUUGAGGAAGGAUUCAUCUUUAUGGGGAAGUCACUGUGGAACAAGCAGAACAAUGUUUCUUGCCAACAUUAGCUCCAGAGAAGGACAUGGAGCAAUUUUUCAGUUACAGGCAGCUUUUUUUUUUGCUUCUUCAGAUUAGGAGUAGCCUAGUGUUGAGGUCUGAGAUGGUCCUGUUCUGACGACACAUUCCUCCUAUUCUCAGAUGUCCUCCACUCUGGGGCAGGAGAGGCUGCCUGCUCAAUGUAACUGAGGUCUCCUAGGCCCCUGCCAUUGAGGGGAUGAUGGGGCACCCUGUAAGAUGGAUUUCUAGUGCCCUGCCACCAGGCCUGAUGGUAGCCAUGGGCUACCACCAAAAAGCCCCCCAGCUGUGUUUGGGAGGGAAGCUCACAGGUGCUGUGAAGCAAGCAGUGAACAUCCCCAGGUUCUUUGUCCUCCCCAUGUUACCACGUCAUGUUCUGCCUCUGCAGCCCUGCAGUGUGGUGGUGUCCAUCCUGGCCCAUGGCUCUCUCCAUCAGCUGGGUCAGGUGAAGUCCUCCCAUUGUUGCACCCAGCAGUGAGGGAUGGAGGAGCUGGGGCUGGAGUGAGAUACUUGCUUUAAUGGCACGGUAUGGGGCACAAGGGUUUGGUAAUGUCCUCUUUGCAACCCUGUAAUGAGGCAUCAGCCUUCAGCAUGAUGGAACACCUCCUGGCUCCAUGUGACAGUAGGCAGCUGUUUGAUGGGUGGGGUGUGGGUGUUACUACCCAAACCAUCUCUGCUCCCUCUAGCUUUCCCAGCUCCUUGACUUCUGCUCUUCUGUGCCACAUUUUAUGUAAGUCCCAAGAGAACUGGUCUGUGUGCCUCGUAUACUCAGCUGUACUGUUUAUUAAAAAAUAACAAUGUCUUCACCAUU